GGAGCGGAGCGGCGGCGGCGGCGGCGCGGCGCAGGGCGCGGGGCGGCAUGGCCACCACCGCGCAGUACCUGCCGCGGGGCCCCGGUGGCGGAGCCGGGGGCACCGGGCCGCUGAUGCACCCGGACGCUGCGGCGGCAGCGGCGGCGGCGGCGGCCGCCGAGCGACUGCACGCAGGGGCCGCGUACCGCGAAGUGCAGAAGCUGAUGCACCACGAGUGGCUGGGCGCGGGCGCGGGCCACCCCGUGGGCCUAGCGCACCCCCAGUGGCUACCCACCGGAGGAGGCGGCGGCGGCGACUGGGCCGGCGGCCCGCACCUAGAACACGGCAAGGCAGGCGGCGGCGGCACCGGCCGAGCCGACGACAGCGGCGGCGGCGGAGGUUUCCACGCGCGCCUGGUGCACCAGGGGGCGGCCCACGCGGGCGCGGCAUGGGCGCAGGGCAGCACGGCGCACCACUUGGGCCCAGCCAUGUCGCCGUCGCCCGGGGCCGGUGGGGGCCACCAGCCUCAGCCGCUCGGGCUGUACGCGCAGGCGGCCUACCCGGGGGGCGGUGGCGGCGGCCUGGCCGGGAUGCUGGCGGCGGGCGGUGGCGGCGCGGGGCCGGGCCUGCACCACGCGCUGCACGAGGACGGCCACGAGGCGCAGCUGGAGCCGUCGCCGCCGCCUCAUCUGGGCGCCCACGGACACGCACACGGACAUGCACACGCGGGCGGCCUGCACGCGGCGGCGGCACACCUGCACCCGGGCGCGGGCGGCGGCGGCUCGUCGGUGGGCGAGCACUCGGACGAGGAUGCGCCAAGCUCGGACGACCUGGAGCAGUUCGCCAAGCAGUUCAAGCAGCGGCGCAUCAAGCUGGGCUUCACGCAGGCCGAUGUGGGGCUGGCGCUGGGCACGCUCUACGGUAACGUGUUCUCGCAGACCACCAUCUGCCGCUUCGAGGCCCUGCAGCUGAGCUUCAAGAACAUGUGCAAGCUCAAGCCGCUGCUCAACAAGUGGCUGGAGGAGACCGACUCGUCCAGCGGCAGCCCCACCAACCUGGACAAGAUCGCGGCGCAGGGCCGCAAGCGCAAGAAGCGCACGUCCAUCGAGGUAGGGGUCAAAGGCGCGCUCGAGAGCCACUUUCUCAAGUGCCCCAAGCCCUCGGCGCACGAGAUCACCGGCUUGGCCGACAGCCUACAGCUGGAGAAGGAGGUGGUGCGCGUCUGGUUCUGCAACCGGCGGCAGAAGGAGAAGCGCAUGACCCCUGCGGCCGGCGCGGGCCACCCGCCCAUGGACGAUGUUUACGCGCCUGGGGAGCUAGGGCCCAGCGGGGGCGGCGCAUCGCCACCCUCGGCGCCCCCGCCGCCCCCGCCGGCGGCGCUGCAUCACCACCACCAUCACACACUGCCCGGCUCUGUGCAGUGACCCCGCGGGCCGGACCCCCGCCGGCGCGCUGCAGGGCGCGGGCGCGCAGCCCGCCCGCGCGGCCUGGACUCUUUUUGUUCGGUUGCUUUGGAUUUUACAAAAAAAAAAAAAAAAAAGCCCAGAAACUUUCGAACAAAACCAAACACCCGGACGACCCUCUCUGGUGAGCGGCGAAGACGGCCAGUAGGCUGCGUCGCCCGAGCCCCGGGAGAGAGGAGCGAAGAUCCGGAACUCGCCAACUCACCCCGGGCAUCCUGCCCGUCGCCUGCUCUCUGCCCCCAUCCCCUCGACGACCCCCGCCCCUGCCCCCCGGGCUGUUCGGGGCCGGAUCCCGGCAGCGGCCUCCCCAAAGCGACAGGUAACGCGGUGCGGGGUUAGGGAUUCCCCGGGAGAGAGGACGAAGCGAGGAGAGUUCUCCAUCCCCUCUCCCGGCGUGGACUCCUGAGCCUGCGGGUCCAGGGUGGGGGGGGCUGUCACUUUAUUCGCUAGAAGCCUCUUCUCUCCUAUAAGGAUGCGCCCCACCCCCUUUUCCCCUUUCUCCGGGCUUGGUUUUUUACGGUUUUUAUUUAUUCGUGGAGCCUCUCGGCUCCUGGGGUCCUUCUAACUCCGCCCGCGCCCUUAAUUUAAAUCGCUGUAUACUGUAUUUAUCGGGGCCCCGGAGGGGAGGUCGCGAGAGCCGCGUCUGUGUAUAAAAGCAGGAAAUAGCCAAAGCUUUAAUCUAGCCUAAUUUAUUUUUCCCUUUAUCUUUGCCUACCCUCCCCUCAAAAAAAAGAAAAAAAAAAAAAAGAAAAAAAAAAAACUAACAAAAAAAAUUUCGAGUGUUCAUUUUUCGUUUCGUUUCAUCCGAGCCCCGGCUUGGUUCCCGGUCACGCGGGAGGGGUCUGCGCUCCCACACACCCAGAUGGGAAGGGACUUCUGCCCUGCUGCAGACCGACCGCCGCACGGCAGGGGCCCCUGCUCCCCGCGGGGCCCUGCCCUCCUGGCCACACCAAACGAAACUUGGAAAAGUUGGAGAGAUUUUUUUUUUAACCAGCUGUAGAAAUAAGCCGUUCCCUGAGAACCCUCCGCCUGAUUCCCUGCAGCUUCCCUCUGCUCCCUUUCCAGCCCGCCGGGAUGCGGGAUGCCAGGGGAGGCUGGGAGAAAAAUUCCCCAACUUUGGUGAGGUGGGAACCAUGUAAAUAUGUGAGAUAUGUACACACUGGCGGGGAGAAGAAACAUUUUGUGCUUGGUUUUUAUUUUUGGUUUUCCGGGCUACCCUUCCUUCCUACCCUAAAGGAUUUUGUACACUGACUAAUCCGAAAAAGAUAUUUUAAUAUGAUUUCCGAAUUUCUGACCCAUCUCUAUUUAUUUUCUGGAUGUGUUUGGAGCUUCCCCUUUCUCCAUUUCUUUUUCUGUUUGUUAAGGUUUGAAUUUAAAUUUUGUUAUUUUAUUUUUAUUAUUUUUGAAACAAUGUUUCGGUGCAUUCUCUUUGUAUCUUUAUUGCAAAAAACAAAAAUAAUAAUGUAGACUGGGAAGUUCCCUUUAUAUUUAUGUUAUAGUAAAUAUUUUAUUACUCACAUAAACAUGUACCCCAGGGCUGUGUCCUGUCCUCUUUACUGCUAGGGCUUGGUGGGUUUGGGGGUGAAGUGAUGGCAUACCCUGCUUCACCUCCCUAAAGUUCUGAUCUCACUAAGAGAGAUCUUGGAGGAAGAUGACUGUGCAGACCUAGAUGGAUAUCAGGCCGUGGGCAACAGUUGGGCCCCUGCCUCAUGCCCAUCAGUUUAGGGAAGAUGAAGCCACUUCAUGUCCCCCUGCUGUAGACAGACUCUCCUAGACCAAACCAGGGCCUGGGACAGUGAGCCAAAGACACCACAUGGAAUUCGGGUCAGCCAUCGCUCAUGCACAACUCGACUGCUCUUCUCGGCCAAGAAAGAAGCCCACCUCGGCCUGGGUCACCAGCCUAGAAUCUAUAAUUCCCCACCUGACACCUCAACCCCCAACUUUCAUUUCACCUUGCACUCUAUAUGAGGGGUCUGGGCCAAGUUCACCAUUCCGGGUCCUAGGGCACCUGGCAGCCUGGUCAGGCCCCACCAUCCUACUCUCCAGCAGGCUCUCCACUCAAAAACAAAUGGUGCACAAGCCUCCCUGGAUCCACUGGAAGUUCCAACAGCUUAGAUAGAGGUCGGUUUUGUGGUCCUGUAUGAGCUGGGUCAGCCUGGGGAGGGAGCCCUGCCAAUUUGCUUGGGCAAAGCCAGUCCUACUUCUCUGCAAAAACCACUGCCCCAGCUUUCUCUUGGGGAGAAGUGGAGGCAUGGGCAACUGUGCCACCAGAAAGACCUGAUGUCUCCUCUCCAAGCGUGGGUACCCAAGACUGCUGUAGGGAGUGCAGCCGAGAGCAUAGACAUUCUCAGAUGCUGUCUUCUGGAGCGAGUCAGGGUGUCUGGGGGCAGAUCUGGCUCCAGGAGCAGAACCCCACACUACCUGUGUUCCAGUCACAAUCUUAUUUUCUCCUUUAAAACAACUGUUCUUAAAAACACUAAUAAAAGAGCUCUUCCUGC